UCGAGUGUGUGUGUGAAGACUGAAGUUCUGCUCAGUUUUUUGCAGGAGAAGCAAAAGAAUGGCCGUGGUUGGGUUGGUGAUGGUGGGUUGGCUCGCAAUGUGGGUGUACUCCGUCGAUGGGUAUGGAGGAGGAGGGUGGAUUAAUGCUCAUGCCACUUUCUAUGGAGGCAGUGACGCUUCUGGGACCAUGGGCGGAGCCUGCGGGUAUGGAAACUUGUACAGCCAGGGCUACGGCACCAACACCGCGGCGCUGAGCACGGCCCUUUUCAACAAUGGCCUGAGCUGUGGGUCGUGCUACGAGAUCCGGUGCAUGAACGACCGCCAGUGGUGCCUACCUGCGACCAUCGUGGUCACCGCCACCAACUUCUGCCCGCCCAAUAACGCACUCCCCAACAAUGCGGGCGGGUGGUGCAACCCCCCUCUCCACCACUUCGACCUCUCUCAGCCCGUCUUCGAGCACAUCGCCCGGUACCAGGCCGGGAUUGUGCCUGUCGCGUACCGGAGGGUACCCUGCCAGAGGAGAGGAGGCAUAAGGUUCACGAUCAACGGCCACUCCUACUUCAACCUGGUCCUCAUCACCAACGUGGGCGGGGCCGGCGACGUCCAUGCCGCGUCCGUGAAAGGGUCGAGGACCGGGUGGAUGUCCAUGUCGAGGAACUGGGGCCAGAACUGGCAGAGCAACAACUACCUCAACGGCCAGAGCCUCUCCUUCAAGGUCACCACCAGCGACGGCCGCAGUGUCGUGUCCUACAACGUGGCGCCCGUCCGCUGGUCGUUCGGGCAGACCUUCUCGGGAGCCCAGUUCCGCUAGAGAAACAAAUAUAUUUACAGGGACCAGCUAGCGCCGAAUAAGACGGUAACGCGCGUCCGACCUAUAGGCGAAGAUGUGUAUAUUGUGGUUAGUAUAGAGAGUUGUCACCUCAACCCUUGAUUGAGAUUUGAGUGAGUAUACGUGUGUCGUGUUUGUAAUAUGUUGGCGGAGGCCAUUGUGGCCUCCUAAUCCUAGCUCCGAACUGAGUCAAUAUGCGAAGGGCUAAUAAUUUUACAGUGGCUCUUCUCAUGUUGAGGCAUUAUUUGGUUGCGAGUGGUCCCUCCCUGCAUAUUUUAGCAAUUACAGAAGUGGGCAGUGGUGGAGUUUUACCACCCGCAGCUAUGUAGCAUUUUGUAUUUUAGGAGUCUUUUGCCUUUGUCCUUCUUAGUGCUCGAGAAGGUCAUGUUUGUUUAGCAUUUGGCUGUGUAUGUCCACGAUUAUAAUAUGCGGUUUGUACUGUAAACUCCAUAUUAUUCUAUCUAAAUUGAAGGACUUUUAUA